CAGGCUCUGGUUUGGGUCCGCUUUGUUCCCCAUGGAGAGCAAGGUGGCAAGGGGGGAGGAGGUGGGAGAAGGGGAAAGGGCAGCUGAAUCUGCUGCUUGCAAAAAGACCCCACCCAAAGUAAGGCAGGCAGUAAUUCUUACAUGGCAGCGGAGUGGUCUCUUGGCCAAGUCUGGGAUCUGCUUUGUUCCCUGCUCCCCCGUGGGCUCCACGGGGAUGGGUGACCUGUCUCCAUCUGGCUCCGCAUCCCAGCUCUACCGUCCCGGGGGAGAUGGGAGUUUGGGAGGGCAGGGAUGCGGGGUCACUCCCAGCUUCCUUCCAGCGUGGUGGUGGGACCACUCUGCGAAGGGAUGCUACUGGGGCUAAGCCCGGCGGUCCUGCUGGUGCCACAGAGUAAAACAGGCUCUGAGCGAGUCUCCUCUGGAAAGGUUGACAAGGUUCAUAGUAUGAUUAGAAAAGCCAAAUUUUUCUUGAAAAAAAAGUCUCAAUUAAUCCUGGUUUGUUUUUUUUUUCCCCUUUUGCUGGGAGAGGGGGGGAUCUGUCCUGAACCUCAAAUGAAAACAGCAUCUUAGUGAUGCCCUUGGUGAAGUGAGGCCUUCUUGCAUAGUACAUAGUCCAGGCUAUGGGCAAAGCCAGGCAGGCUGGCAGAGUGGCACUUCUGGGAUCAGCUGAAACCUGCCCCUCAUUCACUCAAACUGGGAUGAAGCAAGUCUCAACUGAGGCAUUUUUGGUUUUUUUUCCCUUUCCUUUCCAGAAGCUCUUUGCCCCAGUCUGAACUGAUGUCGCAUUGUUUCUCCUACUGCGCAGGUUCAUCCUGUAGGGACUGCAGUCCUCGGGGUGUGCCCGAACAGGGUGGGGAGACACAGGUUAGGCUGGGUCCCAGGGUCCUGCUGCUGGUGGGAGACUGCCUUCCUGACUCCCGUGUGUGUGCGCCUUGCACAAGAGCAUUUCUGUAAAUAGGCUUGCAAAUUCCAGGUGAAACAGCCUUCACGGUCUGUUUUGGACCUGGCCGGGCCAGGGGCGAGUCAGGUGAGGGAGCACCUGCUCCAGCAUCUGCCCCGGCAUCAGCCCCAGGUACCAUGAAUCAGACCUGCCCUUCUCCUGCUGCCGUCGCAGGCCCUUUGGGUUAGCGGUGACCCUGCCACCAUGGUGCGUCCCCUUCUGCCUGUAUCCUGGCUGGUGCCACCAGCGGUGGAGCAGGAGCCAAUCCUGUGCGGAGACUGGCGUUAUCGCCAGAGGAGGAAUGUGGCAGCCGCCUUAUCGCUUCCUCGGGGAUGUGAGAGGCUGUUCUGCUGACAGAGGGCUUAAUAUCCAGCAGCUGAGACAUCUGGGAGAAACCAGGGCAGGUUUUUCUUCUCUGCAGAGGAGGAAGGAAGCUCAGCAGGGCAGAGUGGGACACAGCUGCUGCCCUCCACCGCUGUUCCCUCUGCUCCUGGUCAGGCAGGAGCAGCUCAACUGCUUAAGGGAACUCACCCCCAGGGUGCAGAUCUCACCCUCCCUGAGCCAAAGCUUGAGAUGGAGGUGUGGGAUUUCUUGCAGCACUGCAAGACCCUUUACAAACCCCUCCUGGGGUGCAAAGCUGCUUUGCAGGGAAUGGUGCUUCCCAGUGGGCUUCCAACCCGCGGGGAGGAGGCUGGUCUGGGAGGAGAGGGAUAUGCACCACCUCUCUCCCAGUCCGUGUGUCCCACCUUAUCCUUGCACAUCGGUCAGUCCUGCUGUGGAGCCAUGCCAAUGGAGGUGGGGAUGCUGCUUCCAGGACCACCACUCAUGGUGGGAGCGCUUCUACGCAGGAGCCCCCUGCUUGCCGGGGGGGAGCCCAGGGACCUCAGGGGCGGGUAUCGCCAGGUUUUGCAGGCGCUGCCUGAUGGUGUUAAGGAUGGGUUUUCCCUCUGGCUUGGCAGGUUGACAGCGCAGUGGAGCGUGGAAGACGAGGAGGAGGCGGCAAGAGAGCGGCGGCGGCGGGAGCGGGAGAAGCAGCUGAGGUCCCAGGCAGAAGAGGGCUUGAAUGGCACCGGCUCUGGCUCGGAGAGCGCGGGUCCAGCACAGGAAAACCACUAUGACUUUAAGCCAUCCGGGACUUCAGAGCUGGAGGAGGAUGAGGGGUUCAGUGACUGGUCCCAGAAGCUUGAGCAGCGCAAACAGAGGUCUCCACGACAGUCAUAUGAAGAAGAGGACGGUGGUGUGAGGGAAGCUGAAGUCAAACUGGAGCAGAUCCAGCUGGAUCAGGAAAGCCCGGAGGAGAUCCGGGAGGAGAAUGUGGUUACUGGGGAGGAAGAGAGGCUGUGCCAAGAGGAAGAACAGGUCCGAGAGCAGGAGGAAGAGGAGAAAGCUGAGCAAGAGGAAAAGAAGAGGAGGAGAAAUGAAGAAGAUGAUGAAACACCAGAAAAACGCCAGAAGGCCCCAAGCCCCACCAGCCUGGAAGAGGAGGAGCUGUGCUCUGACCACACCGCUGUGUGCUCCACGAAGGUUUGUGUUCCUGGGGCCCCUGUGGUGGCUAUGGCAGCUGUUGCAAUAGAGCACCUAGCUAAUGGCCCCUCUGUGUUUAACCUGAUGCUCAUUUAUGACCUUUUGGAAGCACCUCUAAAAUUUAGCGCUAGCAUCCUUAACAGCAUAAAGAAGACCCAGCCUCCCCUCCCUGUGUCGAAGAUUGAUGACAGGCUGGAGCAGUACACACAGGCUAUUGAGACAUCCACAAAGGCUCCAAAACCUGUCCGACAGCCCUCUCUCGACCUUCCCACCACGAGCAUGAUGGUAGCCAGCACAAAAAGCCUCUGGGAGACCGGAGAGGUCGCAGCUCAGUCUGCUGUGAAGUCCCUGCCCUGUAAGGAUAUUGUGGCUGGAGACAUCGUGAGUAAAAGAAGCCUUUGGGAACAGAAGGGCAAUCCCAAAUCCGAGACCAACAUCAAGUCCACUCCUUCUGGCAAAAAGUAUAAAUUUGUUGCAACAGGCCAUGGCCAGUACAAGAAGGUGUUGAUAGAUGAUGCUGCAGAGCAAUAGCAUGCCUGGAGAACUCAUUAACCAGGUAGGUGGGGUAUGACCUUGCACCGUGUAACAAACUCCUGGCGCUGUUCUGGCAGGAUGUUGGGGUUAUUUCUGCCAGCUACACUUUGGGUGAGUUGGAAGGCACUGUAUGAUAACAGCUGGAGCCUUGCUUCUGGGCAAACCCCUGACUUUCUGAGCCGGAAGGGAGUGGGUACGCAGUGGGGGUUUGUUUUGGUCUUUGACUUUCUGAUGCUGCUAGGAAGCUGGAUACCUGUGUUAGUUUAAUCUGCAGAAUAAGUUCCUUAGUUACUGCUGUUUGAGUGAAGAUGCGUUUGCCUUUGCUAGUUCAAGGGAACAGCCUAUCUGCUGUUUUUUCUUAUGCUCUCAUGUUGCAAGGAGAAGUAGAUAGCUGGAGGUCAUUCUAGCUGAGCAUGGGGGCUAAUGUACUCCUGAAAUUCAGAUGUUUCUGGGGUCUAAUUCCCUGAUUUACUGAAUUAAUCAGGGGAAAAACUUUUAAUGGUUUCACUAACCUCUUGGAACCAGUCCAUAAUAGGGUUCUAGUAGGGAGCACACAAACGUCUGCUGUGCUGGGUAGACCAACAGAGCAGAAAGGACCGUCCUCUGAUGUGUAGCAAGGGGGAAGGCGGAGACGGGUUGCUGUCUCUGUGCCCUCUUGAAAUGGUCUUUGGAUCUCAUGCUCGUAUUGUGUUUAUGUUAAUAGAUAUCCUGGUGUUAUCUUGAGUGGAUGAUAGUAGAGGGUUGCAGCAAUAAGGAGGAAUGGCGUAGAGGGAGGUGAUAACUGGUUGGAUCCAACUGGGCAGCAUCUGGCACUGAGAGAGGAGAGGAAGUUGUUGGGGGUGAAAACAAGCUCAUUCUCUUUUUUCCUACUAUAAAAAAGAAGCUUUAUUUCAUAGCCAAGCUUAUAAAUAGCUCUGUCUGCUACAAAACACCUUUUGUUUCUGAAUUCUUCUGGGGACUGUGUUCCUUCUUUUUUUCUAAUCCCCCCCCCCCCCCCCUCAAGGAGCUGGCUUCUGAGUGCAGCAUAUUGUCUUGUUUGUUCUUUUUCCUUUUGUGGUGCCCAUUUAGAAGAGAAGCUCUCUUGAAUGCCACUUUGAGAUGGGCAGUAGUACAAACCCAAGCCUGCCCAAAGCUAUGUUUUUUAGAUGUAAAGAAGGAGGAGCCCACUGGACUUGUAUCCUCAACUUGCUUCUCUGCCUGUGGCUUUCAGAAACCUAUUUUAAGGUAUCCUCUCUGAUCAGUCCUCUUCUUUUUCCUGAAGUCUGUUUCGAUGCACCGGGUGGGAUCCUACUGAGCUUCAAUUCUUUAUAGCAAACAGGUUUUGCUAGGUUGUCAGCAAGUUUUGUUUGCCCUACCUGAGCUUCUGCAAGCAGCUCAAAGGAAAGUGCCCUCAGCUCUGAUCUUUUUCCAGCAUCCUUUCUUAAAAGGCCAGUGACUGUCAUGGGAUGUCCUCUAGGAUCCACCCAGUACUCCAAACAACCACUGCACAGCACUGUUGCCCUAUGGGCUCAUUCACAAGGAAGGUUUUUUUGACUGUGAAUAGCAAAAUGACUGCGAUAGCUUGGAGGAUCUUGGCUUGUUUCUGUUCUUGAGUUUUUAGCUGGCUGUUUUGUGUGCUGAGAGGUCCCUGCUCCCCAGCUCCUCUCCACCGCCCUGAACUACGUUUGUCCUUUUUCCCUACUGCCAGAUCCCUUCACAGUUGCCUUUUUGUUCCCAAACCCUUCUGGCUCACCCCCAUGUCACUCGCUCAACACCACCUUAUCAGCUUUCUAGCUGCUUGAGCACAGGUACAGUUUUUCCUCCUCUCCUCCUUUCCUGAGCUGCAGGACCUCUGAGCAGGCUGUGGAGCAAGAGGUUUUCUGAAAGUGGCAAUUUGGGCUCUUACCAACUGCCAUGAAGCUCUUUGACAUUGAAAAACAACCAAACUGUGUCCAGCAGCGUUCCCCUUCCCUCGCUCAACAUGGUGGGACGUGCUGCAAUGGCUCCCAAUGCAGAACCACUGGUGUAACUCUCCUCUUGCCUCCAGGCAUCUGUUCUCUCCUCUGCAAUGCUCUCCUGCCAGGGUCUGUCUCUGCAGGACUCCCCAUGCCUGCUGUAUGCCUCUGCCCUUUACUCGUGGGGCAGAAGGGCUAAACCACGCAGCCAGACCUGGUUUCCUCUGCUUCCCACUGCAGGCAUUGCUCUCCCCACUGGCGAUUCUCCAUCCUCCAUCCCUGUGCAGUGGGGCUGGGUUGUGGAUGCAGCCUGGAGGGAAGCCCAGCAGAUGCAAGACAUAAGCCAUUCCUCAUCGCCGUGUGUGAGUUGCUGGUUUGUUCUGGGUGGUUGUCCUUGCUGCAGGACAAAGUGGAUUAAAGCGCAACUGCUUCUGAAACCAUCUUCUCUGGCCAGAUUCACUUAGUCUCCCAAGUGUAAUCAAUAUUGGCUGUUCUGCUUCAUGCUAAUGCUCUGGAUCUUGUGAAUGCAGACUAAUGCAGACUCUUGUGCAUAGCCAUCCAAUUAUCUGUGCUACAGUAAGGUGCCAUUUUAUUGCUGUGCGGUAAGGUCAUCUUUAUCUGCAUUAGGCAUUCUACAUGUUUUAAGCUGCACUCUUUUUGAUUUUGUGUUGCUGCGUGGAUCUUUCUCUAUAGCCUUCUCUUGCAGCAUGUUGAAUUAUCCUGCAAAGGCUUACCUGGGAUCCACUCGUGAUUACUGGUGCAUUUCCAACCUACCUCUUUUCAGCUUUUUCCUGGAAUACUGGGGGGGUCAGAGAAAUCCAAAUUUUAGAUACUUGGGUUAUUCUUCCUUCUCAUUUUUUUUCCUUGGAAUAGGGAAGGGGUUACAAAACAGAGGAUAAGACCAGUAAAGUGAAAACUUCAGUGAUGGUUUGAUUAUAACUGAGCUCUUCUGAUAGCAUCAUUGCAAAAUUGGAAUACUUCAAAAAGGCAAAAGGGGCUUGAUUUUAUUUCUAAGACUGUUCACAGUUUCGCUUGGGGAAAUUUUGGUCAGCUCCAUAUCCUCUGCACAUGAAGAGAAUGUAAAAAGCUGUGUAUCGAGUUUCUUAUUUGGACUAAACAUAGCAAUCCUAUAUUAGCUGUGUAGGAAUAUGCCAGCAUAUGACAAAGCAUAUGACAAAGUCCCUUGAGAAACAGAAAUAGCUGAUCUCCAGCUUUCACACUUGUAAGAUUGGUGGUGAUGGAGAUGCACAGGGUGACUGUAAUGCUGGAAAGCACAGUUAUCCCUGUGGAUGGACAGAGUUGUGGAUUUUGUUUUAAAUACCCUUUUUUCAGGACAUCAGUCACCAAUAGGUAUGCAACUAUUAUGAUGUUGCCUCUGAAAACAAGACUACAUGUGGUUAGCAGAAACCCCCAGAAAACAGCACCUUGUUAAAUACAGAGUUGGAUACCCACAUGCUGAAGCAGGCUCUUGCUGGUUAUCAUGAAAACACUAACCCCCAGCUGUAUUAAAGCACUGUAAAAUACAUAACAGAACUUGAUUACUGCAACAAAGUUAGUCUUCUGUGCACUAUGAUUUAGUAGACUGACCCAGGAGGACAUCAAAUGAUGAUGUCCAGUGUUUUAGGCAGGGGAACUGCUAUGUGAGAGCAGGAUGGAUAUCUUAUGCUGUCCCUUGUCUGUGCCUUGGGUGAAAGGAUGAGUUUCCACCUUAUUCUCAGCAAAUGCGUGUGAGGUGCCCUCCACAGCACUUUCAGUGGAGAAGCUAAAGAGAUGUGUACCCUCUUUGAGUUCAGUUUCUAAGAAUCCCUAGAGGAGAUGUGGAGCAACCCAGAUUCCUUCAUGUUGUCUCAUCUACAACUGCUUUUAUUUCUAGGAUUUCUCUUGGUCUUAAAUAAACACAAUAAAAUAAAUUCAGAUUCCAUCAUCCUCCUCUAAAUUGGGCUUUUUCUACAGGCAAUUUGUCCUUCUUCACUGUGUGCCUCCCCUCUCUUCCCUGUAUUACUGCAUACAGUGGUUGUUGUUGGCUUUUUUAAAACAGGAGCAUGUUUGCUUUCCUGGCUCAUGACCUGUGGAUGUGGUAUGUUAUGCAUUUAAGCUUGUCUACAUAUGGAGAGUAACCCUUAAACCCACAGCAUGAGGCUGCUGGCUUGCAGGGGUUUUAUUUAAUUUUAUUUUUUUCCUUACACUUGGCUCUGUCGGGGCAGUAAACCUAGACAUAGGUGCUCUCUUGCUCGGUGCCCUGUAGGAACCUCCAGAGGUGCAGGCCUGGUGGAG